UAAGAAAGCUAUAAAUAGCAGGACACAACCGUUGGAACUGAACUAUAUUGUUACCUUACGUAUUAGCAACCCCUCACUAUUUACCCAUAAUAUGCAUUGUGAUGAAAUAUUUAAGCUGGUGGCAUAUAAAUAGUAUUGAUUUUUAAAAUUUAGGGCUGGACAAGGCAAGAAUAAACUCGAGAGAUUGAAUUGAAUGGAAUUAUUUUACAUACAAGUCUCAGUUUAGAAAAUUAACCAAAAUCAUGAGAGUCCCAAAAGCAUUUUUAAGGAAAGUGAUUCUUUGUGUAGUAAUAAUACAAUUGAUGUACAUCUUGACAUCAAAGCUUUCAACUAAUGAAAAGAGUAUUAAGUCAAAAUCAAGCACAAAGUUGGAGAAAAUAAGCCUGGACAAUAAGAGAAGGGGAGAUAAACCUCUAAACAGUAUAUACUUUUUGAAAACCCAUAAAACGGGAAGUACUACACUGCAGAGUAUCUUAAUGAGGUAUGGAGACACAAGAAAUCUAUCAUUUGCAUUUAAGGAAAAAAAUCACGAAUUAGGCUGGCCAAGAGUUUUCCACAAAAACAUCCCUAUAAAGCUAAAAGCUCCCCAUUCGAGAUAUGAUAUCAUCUGCCAACACCUCAGGCACAGUGAUGAUGUAUUUGAUGUGCUCAACCCAAAAGCGAAGGUAAUUACAAUAUUAAGAAACCCAACAUAUAACUUUAUCUCAACAUUUAAAUACUUUUAUGAAAAGUGGACUAAGAGAUGCUUUGGUACAAUAAACAUUGACGAAUUUCUUUCGACUAUGGAAAAUUCAACAAGCAAUAUAACUGUAUCAAAUGAGUGUGUGAAUAGACAGUUAUAUGAUCUAGGAAUGAGGCCAAAUGACACUGUAAAUGUUAUCAAGGUUAAGAGAAAAAUUUGGGAAAUGGACAUGACAUUUGACCUUGUGAUGAUAUCAGAAUACUUCAAUGAAGGUCUAAUAUUGUUAAAACACCUAAUGAACUGGUCAUUCGAUGACAUUGUAUAUAUCAGUAAAAAUGUCCAAACGAAGAAAACUAAGGGAAUAGAUGUAACAUACCCUGAAGCAUAUAGGAAAAUUAGAGAACUCAACAUUGGUGAUGAAAUGCUAUAUCAGCACUACAACAAAACAUUUUGGAAUAUGAUCAACAAUUUUGGGAGAGAGAGAAUGAAUAGAGAAGUAUCCAAACUCAAUCAAAUAAGAGAUAAGAUGAAAACUUUCUGUAUUGGCGAAGUGGUAAACGGAACAAACGAAAGGUUAAGCGAGCAUAAUAAACCAACUUGGAUGGCCAACAAGGUAAAUGCCUAUAUUCUAUCAGAGGAAGGCAAGCAUGAUGCAACAUGUAAACAAUUGGUAGCAGGUGAAGAUCAAUAUACAGAUUUUUUGAGACAAAAAAUGAAAUCACUGGGAUAUAUAUGAAGGACAACAAAUGGCAAUGGUUACACAUUCAUCUAUGUACUAGACACAUCUGAAACAUAUAUUCACAAGGUAUAAUGUUCUGGGGGUCAUUAACAGAACUUUCGCAAAGUUACGAAUUCGUAAUUCGUAACUUUAUGAAAUUCGUAAAUAUUCAAAAAGAUACGAAUGACUUACGAAUUGAUUAAGUUAUGAAUUGGCCAUUUACAGAACAUUUUCGUAAAUCAUUCAUAAGUUUUAUCGUUCGUAAACAAAUUUCAAAUUGUGACAUCAUCUCAUAUCAAUAUUUAGCACAAAUAAAAAUACAGUAUGAUUUGAUAUCAUAGCGCUGUGAUUAAACCUGUCUCCGUGAUUUCAAAGAUUCCCAAUUCAGGAACAUAUUUGCUUAUCAUGUAAGGAUAGGUGGAUAUUUUAGCUUGAAACUUAGCAUGCAUAUGAGGAACAAUUUCUUUUUGCCAACCUGUAUACAUGUACCUUACACAAGAACUGGAUGAGAAAUAUGCAAUUGGCAAAGUUAUGAAAGGGUCUGAGGUGCUAUUAAAGUUACGAACGAAAGCAUAUGUGACAACAUUUUUCUUAA